AUGGACAGCCAUUGGAACACGUAUGCCGGGGAAUAUUUUGCAAACAAGAUCCAUGGAUUUGGUGUCUAUUGUUUUGCAAAUGGAUGUCGGUAUGAGGGAGCCUGGCAUGUGGGAAGAAGGCAGGGACUUGGGAUGUAUACAUUCAGAAACGGAGAGACACGGUCAGGCCACUGGCAAAAUGGUGUCCUUGAUGCGUUGAGCACUCAGAACACUCAUGCUGGAUUUCCUGUCACCGUCAACCAUUCGAAAGUACUCGAUGCAGUCCAGGAAGCUCGAAGAGCAGCAGAGAAAGCAUUUGAUGUGGCCAGGGUUGAUGAAAGGGUGAACAAUGCGGUAGCAGCGGCCAACAAAGCAGCCAACAAAGCAAGAGGAGCAGCAUUGAUAGCUGUGCAAAAGCGGACGGAUAACAACAAUGAAGAUGACAUGAUCCCAAUUGUGUGAGUCUUUUCUGCAUGUUUCCAUAAAUCAUGGGGGCAUAUCACUAGCAUAAUCAAGAGCGAGGGAUUGAUCCGAGAUAUAAGAGGACCAAAACAAAAAAUUUCAGCACUGCUGUCACUUUCCCCCCCCCCCCCCCCUUUUUCACAUUAAGAUCAAUGCAUGGGUGAUGAGCAUUAUUCGUUUCCUAUUUCCCUUUUCUGAUUAAUCGAAAGCCAACAUAAUUCAUUUCUUGUGGGUGUAAAGUAGGCAUUGACUCGGGGACCCAUCAUGGAAUUUGGUCGGUCCUAGUCUCUCCCCUGUUGAAUGAUCAUUAAUCAUUCUACAAAAAUGAACACUACUAUCUAGGUGCAUUCUGUGGCACCUCGAUGAUGCAUGCAAGUUACACAUUCUGUAGCUUGCUGGUGAUAGUGGGAGGACCACUGGGCUGAAUGUCUCUGAGUAGUCUAUUUUGUUGGUGAAACCGCUUUGCCACUAAAUCGAGCCCAGAAGGCUCAAUAAGUCAAUAAGUUCAAUCGGGGAGAUGCUCUAAUUUAUAUAUUCAGGAGCAUCCAACAAUAUUCGUUGGAGGCUGGACAGGAACUAGUGAUUAUGUAUGUACCUUUUGUUUUUUUACUGGAUCAAAAUCAUGGUCCGAGGACUUGGAUGCUUGUUUAGGAUGUAGGUCCAACAGUAGUGUGGUAAGGCCACAAACAUCUUGGGCUUGCAUGAUCGAGCCAUGCAUCAGUUGACCUUGGGGCAAACUAAUGGUUUGUCAUCCAAUCCAACCUGAUUGAAGAUUAGAAUUGUAUUGCUAUUUAAUAGGCAAAAUACAGUGAGUUUUACAGUAAUACAAAACAAGGAUUGCAGAUUUUGGAUGCUUGGCUAUGUACGUUGGAGAGACAGAAAUAUAUCGAGUUGCUGCACACCCAUCAUGAGAUGAUGUACCAUUCUUCAAGCUGAUUAUUCUUGGUUUUAAAAAAAUGACAAUCUUUUCCUCGCCAUCUAAAACAGACAUAGAAAGACCUGCUUACUGUUGGGUUUGUAUCCCAACUACUUGCCGAUGUGUGGCUGCAGCCACCGUAGAAUAAAAGACUGAAAAGAGAAAGAUAUGAACUGCUGCUGUAUUUUCUUAUAAAUAGAAACGAAUUACAUUGCUGCCUUUAUAGGCUUUCUUAUACUAUGAAAUUACUAAUUUAUCC